CCACAUGCGGCCACCGAACACCGCAUCCGACGCACACUGAAGGCUGCGGCGGACUAAUACCGAAGAGGACGCUGGUGAUUCCGCAAUAAUAGACAGAUCAGGCUUGGAAGCUAAGCUAGAGGACAACCACAUGUUUAAAUAACCUGUCUUGUAUAGCCUUUCUUCGCUUUUUUUAUACAGAGAGAGGCACCAUUAUUUGAAGGACAGCUAUGUUGAUAUGAGUUUUUCGUUGGGGGGUUCUCGGGAGUGCUAGCUAGCAGAGCACAGCCGGCGAAAUCAAGCCAUAGCCGAAUCGUUAGCUUAGCUUUAGCGGCUAACUGGUCGUUAGCUCCGGAAUCGUCAAUUCCCUGUGUUGUUGCCAUUUGUUUAUUGCACCCAAUAUCACAUUGUACGGGCAUUAUAUUCUUAUUUUAUUAUCAUUUUAACUUGUGAAGAAAGAAGGUAGGACAGUGUCCGGUUGAGGUCGGGACCAGUUAGAAAGAGGCAAACGGUGUCCCUCCAGUGUAGCCGUUCACCAUGGACAACGCUCACACAAAGACUGUGGAAGAAGUCUACAGUUUUUUUAACGUGAAUGAAAGCACCGGGCUGAGCUUGGAACAAGUCAAGAAGCAGCGAGAGCGAUACGGACCCAACGAAUUGCCUGCUGAGGAGGGCAAGUCCCUUUGGGCGCUGGUGGUGGAACAGUUUGAAGAUUUGCUCGUCAGGAUCCUUUUACUGGCUGCCUGCAUAUCUUUUGUGCUGGCCUGGUUCGAAGAGGGAGAGGAAACGGUUACAGCCUUUGUGGAGCCUUUUGUCAUCCUACUUAUUCUCAUAGCCAAUGCCGUUGUGGGAGUCUGGCAGGAGCGAAAUGCGGAAAAUGCCAUCGAGGCCCUGAAGGAGUACGAGCCCGAGAUGGGGAAGGUGUACCGCCAGGACAGGAAGAGUGUCCAGAGAAUCAAGGCCAGGGAUAUUGUGCCCGGGGACAUUGUGGAGGUCGCAGUUGGCGAUAAAGUGCCUGCAGACAUCAGGCUUACGUCCAUCAAGUCAACCACGCUGAGAGUCGACCAGUCAAUCCUAACAGGAGAGUCCGUGUCGGUCAUCAAACACACUGACCCCGUGCCAGACCCUCGUGCCGUCAACCAGGACAAGAAAAACAUGCUCUUUUCUGGCACCAACAUAGCGGCAGGUAAGGCCGUAGGCGUGGUGGUGGCUACAGGUGGAAACACGGAGAUUGGCAAAAUCCGCGACGAGAUGGCCGCAACGGAGCAGGAGCGCACGCCCCUGCAGCAGAAGUUGGAUGAAUUCGGACAGCAGUUGUCCAAAGUCAUUUCACUGAUCUGCAUUGCCGUGUGGAUCAUCAACAUCGGCCAUUUCAACGAUCCCGUCCACGGCGGUUCCUGGAUCCGCGGGGCCGUCUACUACUUCAAGAUCGCAGUGGCUCUGGCGGUGGCGGCUAUCCCCGAAGGUUUGCCCGCCGUCAUCACCACUUGCCUGGCUUUGGGCACACGCCGCAUGGCCAAGAAGAACGCCAUUGUCCGCAGUCUUCCCUCGGUGGAGACCCUUGGCUGCACGUCCGUCAUCUGCUCCGACAAGACCGGCACCCUGACCACCAAUCAGAUGUCUGUGUGCAGGAUGUUCAUUAUCGACCGGGCAGAUGGCGGUCAUUGCUCCCUAAAGGAAUUCACCGUUACUGGCUCCACAUAUGCACCAGAUGGGGAAGUGUUCCAUGAUGGCAAACAAGUCAAAUGUUCCAAGUAUGACGCUCUGGUGGAGCUGGCUUCCAUCUGUGCUCUCUGCAAUGAUUCCUCACUGGACUACAAUGAGACCAAAGGUGUAUAUGAGAAGGUGGGCGAGGCCACUGAGACGGCCCUCACGUGUCUGGUGGAGAAGAUGAAUGUUUUUGAUACCGAAGUGAAAGGCCUUUCCAAGAUCGAGAGAGCCAACGCCUGCAAUUCCGUCAUCAAACAGCUGAUGAAGAAAGAGUUCACAUUGGAAUUCUCCCGAGACAGGAAAUCCAUGUCUGUGUACUGCACCCCCAACAAAGCCCGCUCCUCUGCAGGGAAGAUGUUUGUUAAGGGUGCCCCCGAGGGAGUGAUUGACAGAUGCACACACGUACGUGUAGGCAGCAACAAGGUGCCCAUGACCCCCGGCAUCAAGGACAAGCUGAUGUCUGUGAUCAGGGAGUACGGGACGGGCAGGGACACCCUCCGCUGCCUUGCCCUGGCCACCCGGGACAACCCCAUGAACAAGAGUGACCUGGUGCUGGAGGACUGCACUCGCUUUGUCGAGUAUGAAACUGAUUUAACAUUUGUGGGCUGCGUGGGCAUGCUGGAUCCUCCACGGGCAGAGGUGGCAGCUUCCAUUAGACUUUGCCGUCUCGCGGGCAUUCGUGUGAUUAUGAUCACCGGUGACAACAAGGGUACGGCAGUGGCAAUUUGCAGACGCAUCGGUAUUUUUGGAGAGGACGACGAUGUCUCUAGCAUGGCCUUCACCGGCCGAGAGUUUGAUGACCUGUCCCCUUCGGCGCAAAGGGAUGCGGUGGUCAAGGCCCGCUGUUUUGCCCGUGUCGAGCCGUCCCACAAGUCCAAGAUUGUGGAGUAUCUGCAGUCCUAUGACGAGAUCACAGCUAUGACCGGCGACGGAGUGAACGACGCCCCUGCCCUCAAGAAGGCUGAAAUCGGUAUCGCCAUGGGCUCUGGCACGGCUGUGGCGAAGACGGCCUCCGAGAUGGUGCUGGCCGACGACAACUUUGCCACCAUUGUGGCCGCGGUGGAAGAAGGGCGAGCCAUCUACAACAACAUGAAGCAGUUCAUCCGAUACCUUAUCUCCUCUAAUGUGGGCGAAGUCGUCUGCAUCUUUCUGACGGCGGCUCUCGGCUUCCCCGAAGCUCUCAUCCCAGUCCAGCUGCUCUGGGUCAACUUGGUGACUGAUGGGCUGCCCGCCACCGCUUUGGGCUUCAACCCGCCGGACUUGGACAUCAUGAACAAGCCUCCUCGCAAUGCUCGCGAGCCCCUCAUCUCCGGAUGGCUCUUCUUCAGAUACCUAGCCAUCGGAUGUUAUGUGGGUGCUGCCACCGUGGGUGCUGCUGCCUGGUGGUUUGUUGCUGCCGAAGACGGACCAAGGAUCACCUUUUACCAACUGAGCCACUUCCUGCAGUGUGGUCCAGAGAAUCCAGACUACCAGGGUCUGGACUGCAAGGUGUUUGAGUCUCCUUACCCGAUGACCAUGGCCUUGUCAGUGCUGGUUACCAUUGAGAUGUGCAACGCUCUAAACAGCGUAUCAGAGAACCAGUCGCUGCUGCGCAUGCCUCCCUGGGAGAACGUGUGGCUGCUGGGGGCCAUCUGUCUCUCCAUGUCCCUCCACUUCCUCAUCCUUUAUGUGGAGCCUCUUCCGAUCAUCUUCCAGAUCACCCCCCUGAACCUGACCCAGUGGCUGGUGGUGCUCAAGAUCUCCCUCCCAGUCAUUUUGCUGGACGAGAUACUGAAAUUUGCGGCCAGGAACUACCUGGAGCCCGGUUGGCUCUCCUAACAGUCUUCACACAAUUUAAGGAGCGGAUGGAGUCAUACCACCAUCUGGCAUGUACACACACGCACACACACACCCCUCACACCCACCAAGUGUAUGUGUGUAAAUAUGUAAGUGUGCAGAGAUACACGUGAUUUCUUUAUAGGAAAGAGACCAAAUACAGGAAUUCAGUUUUAGUGUGCAGGGAUGUUCUUGAACGUUCCUCCCUCCUUGCAUGUCUUAUUUUAUUUUUUGUUACAUCCAAGGUAUACUUUGGAUGUGUAGAGAAUCGUAAUUACUAAACACCGGGUUGCAUUUUGUGUCCAGACAUCAUGCAUGCCUCGCAGCUGUAUGUGAGCUUUUGCGGUUUGUAAUUCUACAAUAUUCUAAUGUAUAAGAAUACUCGAGGUUUUACGACAAACUUUUUGGAGCUCACUGUUUUUUCUUACUGUACUGUUUGCACAACGUUAGGACACCAGAAAUGACUCACGACGACCGCGCGCUACUUGUUUUCUGCAUUCCUCUUUUGUUUCUUGUCUUGUGGUUUUAUUCCGUUAAGGACAUUCCUGCAAUACAUUAUCCUGUUUUCUUACCGAUUUUGGUUUUUAUGAUCUUGUAUGUUUGGCUGUAAAACUGUGAUAUAAUAAUAAUAAUAAUAAGGGGGUGAUGUGGGUAAACAAACAUGUAUAUUAAUCAUCUGUAAAAUAAAUGAGACUAUCAUUAUUUAAUUCUGAUGAUUGUAGUUACAUUAGAGAUUGUGGUUUUAGGUAAAUAAAAU